AGAGCAGGGUUUCCGAGCGCACCGCAUUUUCUGGAAUUAGAUUAAAAUUGUCAAUAAAUCGAAAUUCUUUUUGGGGUUUGAUUAUCUUAAGAGAAUCUCUUCUUUUUGUUACUUGAUCUGUUUCUGUAUCUUUAAAAAAAAAUCAUCUCCUGUCUGCUAGUAGGCCCCUUCAUUCAUUCAAAUUUUUAAUCUAUAUAUAACCUCUAAGUAUUCUCAAGGACCGGCUGAUCUGUGUAAAGAAACCGUUUGGACGCGUUUUGUUUUCUUCUUCUUACUCGAAGGAUUUUUUCCGGCGUCCUGAGACAUCUUCGAAAGCUCUAAAAUGUCGCAGGCAGGAGCUAAAACUGAGAUGCAAAAUAUCAGCACUGCUGGAGAAGAUGACAGCAGCUCCAACGGCAGUGACUAUCCCUACCCAAAGAAGGUGCCGCUGGUCGGCCAAUACCCUGAUUCAGAUCCAGAGAGCCAAAACUUCCUCCCUGAAAAUAAACCGUGCAAGAAGAAGUAUGAGACUGAAUAUCACCAGGGCACUGCAUCCUUUGGGAUGUCCGUCUUCAACCUGGGCAACGCCAUCAUGGGCAGCGGCAUCCUCGGUCUGUCCUAUGCCAUGGCCAACACUGGCAUCGCCCUAUUUGUGAUUCUCCUCGUGGCUGUCGCCAUAUUUUCCUUGUAUUCUGUGCAUUUGCUGCUGAAGACAGCCAAUGAAGGGGGAGCGCUGGUAUACGAGCAGCUGGGUUACAAAGCCUUCGGGACGCCGGGGAAACUCGCAGCCUCCCUCUCCAUCACCAUGCAGAACAUUGGAGCCAUGUCAAGCUACCUCUACAUCGUGAAAUACGAGCUGCCCACUGUUAUAUCGGCUUUCACAGGAGCCAGCGACGAUGAAUGGUACACCAACGGUGACUACCUUGUGCUGCUGGUUAGUCUUUGCGUUAUCCUGCCACUGUCGCUGCUCAGGAACUUAGGUUACCUUGGUUACACCAGUGGUCUGUCGCUGCUGUGCAUGGUCUUUUUUCUGAUUGUGGUGAUCAUCAAAAAGUUCCAGAUCCCAUGCCCUCUCCCAAGUCACAACCAAACCGUGAGCCUUGGCCUGAACGUCUCACACGCCGACAAUUCAACUGAUGAGGACGCCUGCAGGCCCAAAUACUUUGUCAUCAACUCGAAGACCGUCUAUGCUGUCCCCAUUAUUACCUUCGCCUUUGUGUGCCACCCCGCCAUCCUCCCCAUGUACGACGAGCUCAAAGACCGUUCCCGCAAAAAGAUGCAGGGCGUUGCCAACGUCUCCUUCCUGGCCAUGUUCAUCAUGUACCUGCUGGCCGCCCUCUUCGGAUACCUGACCUUUAACGAAAAUGUGGGCGAUGAGCUGCUGCACACUUACACCAAGGUCUACAAGUUCGAUGUGGUCCUGCUGAUUGUCCGUCUGGCCGUGCUGACCGCCGUCACCCUUACUGUCCCUGUUGUCCUCUUCCCCAUUCGUACCUCUAUCAACCAUCUCCUGUGUCCCAAUAAGGAUUUCAGCUGGAUCCGUCACACCGUCAUCACUGUAGUCCUGCUGGCUGGCACCAACACCCUGGUUAUUUUAGUCCCCACCAUCAGAGACAUCUUUGGCUUUAUAGGCUCUUCUGCUGCUGCCAUGCUCAUCUUCAUCCUGCCUUCAGCUUUCUACAUCAGACUUGUCAAGAAGGAGCCCAUGAUGUCUGUGCAAAAGCUCGGGGCAACCGGCUUCCUGGUGUGCGGUAUCCUGGUCAUGAUCGGCAGCAUGACCCUCAUCAUCCUGGACUGGGUCGAGAACGCCCCCAUAAACGACAACGGACACUAAAUCUCCGGCUCUCCUGCUGCGUACUGCUGGCUGUUAGCGCUGGACUUCUCCACCCUUGCAACCAACAUCAAAAUGUAUUGUAAACAAAGAAAACACAAGGACUCACUGUGCUCAGCUUUGACUUACUGAGCGAUGGACCAUGCCAUUCCAAGUGAAUGUAUCUGAACUUUGUACAGUUUGGUGUGAUAAACCACGACGGCGGUGAUUUACUUUCAUUUUUUUCUCUUUUUAUUGUAAUUAUUUCAGUCAUUUUUGCUCGUUUUUAUUCAUGUUUUGUUUGUUUGAAGUAUGUGGCUUUGAUUGUUUUGUUUUUUUAAUAGUUACUAAAGGUACAGCUGAGAGCAAAAUUAGUUUAAGGUGCCAGAGAUGAAAUAGUCAUAGAGUUCAAAAUGGAGCUUACGCUCAGGUACGCUGCGACUGUGACCUCCGAGCUCAGCAACUACAGAUCCUGCUGAAAAAAGCAUGUGAAUCUCCCAACGCCUGACAAGUGGCAACAGACUUGAAAGUUGGACUUUCUCAAGGGUGAUUAUGUUCCUUCCAAAAAUUUCAUUCUUUCAUUAUUUUACUUUGCCAAAAAUGUGUUUGUAAAGCAUAUUUGUAUAGUGGAAAGCACCUACAGUUCAGCACACUUGUCAGUUUUCACAGGCAGCACAGCUUAUUUCAGUAUUUGAACCGAGUCUCUGCAGCCUCGCUAAUAAUGUCAGCUCUCCUUGUAAAACGUGCGCAUCAUUCAACAGAACCUGCCUUUCCAAACCCAGCACUGGGCGCUGCAGAGGUUCUCGCAUGAGGACUCUCCUGAAACUGUAUUUAGUCUUUAUAACCUGCUGAAGGUCCGCACAGUGACAACACUACUGCUUUAAGAAGGCCCGGCCUGCGAGCCUCCCAGUUCCACUUCCUCCCCCCCAGGGGGGGGGUUGGUGGUGGGAAACUUGAAAUUUUUUUCUUUGUGGGAGAAUACUUUGAAUUUUGACCACAUACUGUGGUUGUUAAUGCCUGUUAAACUUGCAGUAGAAUAAGUCAGGUUGCGCUCUUGAACAACCACAACUAAAUAAUGACAAGAGAACUCGGCUCGUUUGCAGCCGAGUGGAGAGCCUGUCGUAGACAGCACACUGUGCUUCCAACAUUCACACGUCACCAAAAUGUUGUCAUCUAUUUAUGGAAGACCGUAAAAUCAGUGUAAUUUAAUCUAUUUUACUAUAUUUAUAUAAUAUUGUAUGUGUACAUAUAUAUAUGUGUAUAUAUAUCUAUUGAGUUAACUGUAAAUAUGCUUUUUUUUUUUUGUACAAUAUUGCAUUGGAGCUGGAAAACAAAAAUGAAUCCCAAGGUCCGGUUAAUACUGAAUAUGCUCCAACAUACCGGAGCUUCUCCGUUAAGACUGACUGAAAUUCUCUUUAAAGAACUGUUACAUGUGGAAGCAGUCUUCUUUUCCUUUAUGGCCCUGAACACAAACACCGAUCAGCAAAAUGUUGUUUCUGCACAUCUUUGAGAGUAUGCCAACCAGCUCUUGACCCAAGGAGGGCUUUGUCCACCAGUGUUACACUGUUGUUUCAAUGAAACACUAUGUAUAUCCUGUAAUUACUGUCCAAUUAAAUUCAAAAACAACCUGUAA